AUGAACCAUAUCGGCCCGGCCAUAGAGUGCUCCCCAUCCGCGAUUGCCACACCAGCAGUAUACGGUGCCCAAGUCCUUUCCCUCGAGGCGUCAUGGGUCAACAACUUCACCCUCGAUGUGCCUGUUGAUUUCAACUACAACCAUGGUGCUCAGUCGGUGCAAAAUGUGGACUUCUGCAACGUGACAGUGACCUACACUCACCCAGGAUAUGACGACCGUAUUACCGUCGAGACUUGGCUGCCACGCAACUGGAACCAACGCCUGCAAGCCACCGGAGGAGGUGGCUGGCGUGCAGGCCGGUUCGUCCUCUCCCAGUUCUUUAUGGGCGGCGCCAUCGGAGAGGGCUAUGCGACCACAACCACAGACGCAGGUCUCGGGGAUACCAUGCCAGACACAUGGGCUCUGAAGAGCCUCGGGAAUGUCAACCUGGAAUACCUCCAUAAUCUAGGCUACAGAUCCCUCAACGACGAGGCCAUUAUUGCCAAAGACUUGAUCCGCAGCUUCUACGGCGUCCCUCCGGCGUACUCCUACUGGAGUGGCUGCUCGCACGGCGGACGCCAAGGUCUCAUGCUUGCGCAGCGAUAUCCGCAGGCCUAUGAUGGAAUUGCGGCCUCUGCACCGGCGCAGUCGUGGCCCGAGUUUGUGACUGCGGUUUACUACCCGCUCCUUGCUCCGCUCUGGGCCGGGGAGCAGUCUCCCAUGGGCUGUGAAUUGGAGUUCCUGACUGAGGAGGCCGUCAAACUCUGCGAUCCCAAAGACGGGAUUGUGGAUGGUAUCAUCUCGGACCCGGACAACUGUGACUUUGACCCAUUCAGCGCGGUGAAUAAGACUUUCUCCUGCAGUGCUACUGGAAAAGCCAUGCAGCUUAGCAGAGCAGCAGCUGUCACCGCAAAAGCGGCUUGGUCAGGGCCUAGAACUGUCGCCGGGGAUUUCCUGUGGUAUGGCGUGAACCCAGGUUCGGACAUCUCUAGUUUGGGAGUUGCGCCAGGCCAAAAUAUCACAGCUACCCCGGACGAGUGGCUCAGCUUGUUUGUGCUCAAGAACCAGAGCUUCGACGUCACCCGGUUGAGUCAUGAGGAAUAUGACAGGCUUUUCCGUCUCGCUGUCAAGGAAUACACUGAUGUUAUGGCUGCUAAUGACCCGGAUCUUAACGCGUUCAAGAAAGCCGGAGGAAAGCUCCUCACAUACCAUGGCAUGGCCGAUCAAAGCAUUCCAACAAAGGGCACAGAGCAUUAUUAUCGCGCAGUUAGCCGGUUGAUCCCUGACGUACAAGACUUCUACCGGUACUUUGAGUCUCCGGGUCUGGCCCAUUGUGCUGGUGGCAGGGGCGGGCAGCCAACGACUGCGUUUGACGCCUUGAGGAAAUGGGUGGAAAAUGGCACUGCCCCCGAGUUUCUCCCAGUGCGCGUCAAUGGGACGAAUGGAGCGCACGACCGGAUUCUGUGCCCUUAUCCAGCCAAAGAGAUCCAGCAAGGUGGAAAUGCCUCCGACGUUGGAAGUUUCCGUUGUGUCCAUUGA